UUCGAAUGUCGCGAAGUCACCUUUGAAUCACUUGUCUUCCUCUUUUUAUCGUUAUUUGGUCAACUAAGUGCGUCUAAUAGUAAUUCAUUACACAUUUUUAGAACAAAAUGACAAAUAUUGACGAAGGUUUCUACUCUCGACAACUGUAUGUCUUGGGACACAAUGCCAUGCACCGGAUGGGCACAGCCAGUGUGCUCAUCGCUGGGAUGCGAGGUCUCGGGGUGGAGAUUGCCAAAAAUGUCAUUCUGUCUAGAGUCAAAUCUGUGACAAUCCAGGAUGAAGGAGUGACCCAGUGGACUGACCUCUCCUCUCAGUUUUUCUUGAAUGAAUCCAGUAUUGGUCAGAACAGAGCCCUGUGUUCCUUGGAGCACCUGAGGGCAUUGAACCCUCAUGUCCAAGUGAAAGAACACACUGGACCACUGGACCAGGAACUACUCAUGCAAUUUCAGGUGGUAGUCCUCACUGACUCCUCUUUGGAAGACCAGAAGAGAUUUGGAGACUUCUGCCAUUCAAAUGGGAUUCAGUUCAUUGUUGCAGACACCAAAGGGCUCUGUGGUCAGUUGUUUUGUGACUUUGGUGAGGCCUUUGAAGUGUUGGACCAGGAUGGAGAGAUGCCUGAAUCUGUACUGAUCCAAAAAGUCUCACAGGAUAAUCCUGGAGUGGUUAUCUGCAGUGAUGAUCAGAGACACGGGUUUAAAGAUGGCUCCAAAGUUAUUUUCUCUGAAGUCCAGGGAAUGACUGAACUCAACAGCCUUGGGCCUGUGGAAAUCAAAGAGAGAGGCUCUUAUUCCUUCACUAUUUGUGACACUUCCUCCUUCUCAAAGUACGAGCGUGGUGGGAUUGUGACUGAAGUGAAACAGCCAUGCACAGUUCAUUUUAAAUCACUGAGCCAGACCCUGACGCUGGACCCAGAACUACUGAUAACAAAUGACUUUGGGAAAAUAGACAGGCAUAAGACGCUGCAUCUGGCCUUCCAGGCCCUGCACAGCUUUGUGAGAAAAGAAGAAAGACUGCCACGCCCCCAUUGUCAGUCAGAUGCAGACAUGAUUCUUGACACUGUGAGAGAAUUGAACAAAGAUGUGAAACUGGAAAAACUGGAUGAAGUCGCAGUGAAGAAGUUUUCGUUCACAGCUCAGGGCGAUUUGGCUCCUCUCAAUGCUUUCAUCGGAGGGCUGGCUGCUCAGGAAGUCAUAAAGGCUUGCAGUGGCAAGUUUAUGCCUCUAAAACAGUGGUUCUACUAUGAUGCACUGGAGUGUCUCCCUGAAGAUGACAAAGAAGUGGAAGACAGCUUGUUUUCACUAAAAGGGACAAGAUAUGAUGGACAAAUUGCAGUGUUUGGCUCAGAUUUCCAGGAAAAGUUGGGAAGGCAGAAGUACUUCCUGGUUGGAGCAGGUGCUAUUGGAUGUGAACUUUUGAAGAACUUUGCUCUAAUUGGCCUGGGAGCUGGAGAAGGGGGCCACAUCACUGUAACAGACAUGGACCACAUUGAGAAGUCAAACUUGAAUCGACAGUUCCUGUUCAGAUCUCAAGAUAUUGGGAAUCCCAAAUCGGAUGUUGCAGCCCGGGCAGCGAAAGCCAUGAACCCACAGUUGAACAUCACAGCUCACCAAAACCGUUUGGCCCCAGAGAGUGAGCAAGUUUAUGAUUACCACUUCUUCUCUGGACUGGAUGGGGCAGCUGCUGCUCUGGACAAUGUGGAAGCCAGGGCUUACCUGGAUUCCUGUUGUGUGGCGCAUAAGAAGCCCAUGCUGGAGGGGGGCACUCUGGGCAGUAAAGGCCACGCUUUGGUGGUGGUACCUCAUCUGACAGAGUCCUAUGGUCCGGCCAAGGCCAGCUCCAAGAAGGAAAUCCCACUGUGCACUCUCAAAAACUUCCCUCAUCGCAUAGAGCACACACUGCAGUGGGCCAGAGACCAGUUUGAGGGACUAUUUAAGCAGAUUCCUGAAAAUGUGAUGAUGUAUCAGAGAGAUGAGGACUUUAUAACUCGUACUCUCGGCCGUGGGGAAGUGGAGGCUCUGCAAGUGUUCACAGAGGUGUGGGGCGGCCUGGAGGAGCUGUCCUCUGGAGGCAGACGUCCUUUAAACUGGGAGGGCUGUGUGCACUGGGCCAGACUCCAGUGGGAGACUCUGUUUAACAAUGACAUACGCCAACUCCUGCACUGCUUCCCCCCUGAUGAGCUGACCACUCAUGGACUUCCUUUCUGGUCUGGAACCAAGAGAUGCCCUCAUCCACUCACCUUUGACCCCAGCAAUGUGACACAUAUGGAUUUUAUAGUGGCUGCUGCUAACCUUUAUGGACAAACCUUCGGCAUCAGUGGCACCAGAGACCGAGCUUUGAUCAAAGAAAUCCUGGAGAGAGUCCCUGUCCCUGAGUUCACUCCUCAAAGUCUGAAGAUCCCAGUGACCGAUGAAGAGAUGGAGGAGAGAGGGGGAGACGAAGUCGACCAAGAGAAACUGAAGGAGCUGGAGCAGAAGCUUUCCUCUUUGUCCUUGAAAAGCUUGACGAUAGAGAUGUUUCCUGUGGAGUUUGAGAAGGAUGAUGACAGUAACUUCCACAUAGACUACAUCACAGCUGCCUCCAACCUGCGAGCCGAAAACUACGACAUCCCUGCAGUGGACCGUCACGAGAGUAAGCGUAUUGCAGGCAGGAUCAUCCCGGCCAUCGCCACAACAACAGCAGCUGUGUCAGGCCUCAUGUGUGUGGAGCUGUACAAACUGGUGCAGGGACAUCAGAACAUCAGGUCCUACAGAUCAGCCUACCUCAACCUGGCCGUCAUGUACUUUGUCCUGUCCGUGCCGAGCCGUGCCAAGACAUUCACAGUCGCAGGAAAAAGCUUCACUCUGUGGGACGACUUCCUGCUUAAAGGCCGGUGUAGCCAUGAAAAGGAAAAGACCUUGGAACAGCUCAUCCAGUUUGUCAAGGAAAAGUGUGGUCUGGAGGUGUGCAGUCUCUUCUAUGGGAGCUCUAUCAUUUACAAUGGCCAGAAGGACAGACUCAAGCAAAGUGUGUCUGAGCUGAUAAAGAUGGUGACCAAAGCAGAGAUCCCUCCUCAUAAGAAGAUGCUGGAGCUGUUCCCGUCUUUCACUGAGGAUGAAGACUGUGAGGUAGUGCCCCGUAUCCAGUACCUGCUGCUGUGAAGGAGACAUGUAUAGGGAGACAAAUAUACAAAAAUUAAGAAGCAUGAAGCACGCCAUUUUAGAUAAUGCACUGCGUUUCUUACUGCCAAUGCUAUGUUUACAUGGAACUGCACCUUCCAUAUUUUAAUCUCCUGUACUUCUUAACAUUUUAUGUAAUGUUUUAACAAUCAUGUGAACUUCUUGUUUGAAACUGUUAAAAUGCUAUGCUUAAUGCCAUAUCAAGUACUGUGAAAGUUAGAGAGAUUUUAAAUUAAUUUUCAAUCAUGUAUGUGCUCAAUAGCCAAUGAAACACAGGUCUACAAGUUUAUGAAUAUGGCUAUCACUAUUUUAAAACUGACAAUCACAAUAAUAUCUUAACUGACUUAACUGAUCUAUUACAAAUAUAUAAUAGUAUUAUAUAAAUAUAAUAGUAUUUUGUGUGAUUUGUCUGGAAUUGCAUACCAUAUCUUAAAGUUUUUUAAUCUACACAGAAAUCUGCAUUUUAAUAAUAGAAUAGAUAUAUAGAUUUAGAUGGAGAAAGAGAGGGCAGUGAUUUUUUUUACAUUGGUUCUUGCUAUAGCUGUCUGAACACAGCUGUUUGAACUUAAUCCUUGUUCACAAAUGCAGCCCCUCCCUUCAUAUAAAUAUAGAGAUAGAAAUAUCAACAGUACUUUCACCUGUUUGUGCAUAGCUUCACUGCUUAUGCUGCCAAUACUAACUGCCUUCCACUCCAGUUGUUGCACUUGACACUUGCACUGGACAAUUAUGUGUGCUAUUUGGAGCUGCCAUUGUUUUAGAUGUACAAAUGUGUGUGAUUGAAAGGUGUGGUUGUAACAUGCAUAAAAGUCUGUGUCUGUUCUAUUAUAAAUGAGAAAUAAAUUAUGUCUGCAUUGUUGUUUUGUGUA